AUGAAAGGCCGGUUCAUCAUCAACCCGUUUCAAGAACUCUACUUGACUGGAUCUGAUCGCACUAGUCUCGAAGACUUGGCAAAUCAAUGCAUCACUUCAAACCUCCAGCUUUGCUCCAAGUACAUGUAUGGGUCGAGUCGUCAAGCGAAUCCACAGCACUGGAAGCUGCUGAAGGAGAAGGAAAAGCUUAAGGUGUACACUGAGAGACCAGAGGGUGCAGUAGCUGCCGCUGCUUCAAAUAAAGAGCCAACAGGAUCCGGUCUACCCAUGAUUCUGUGCGUGGGGACUUUAGAAGGUAAAUUGGAGGACCUGCUGUUUGGGGUAAUCAGUGAAGAUCUCGAAACAAUGCGCAUGAAGGUUUCGUACGUUGAGGACUUUAGCGGAGCAGCUGUUCUCGACGCUGUAGUCUUACCGACAUUGGAGGACCCGUUUCAAUCACUUAUUGUCAAGUGGAUGGAGGUCGACAUUCCAUUCCAUUCUACUAAUUUGGUAAAGAAUCGCGACUACGUUUACCUCGAAGGCACAGGAUACGUUACAAACGAAAAGGGCGAGCGGCUGGGGUAUCAAUUAUUACACUCGGUUAGCUUUCCACAGACUCACGUAUUACCAAAUCGUGUGCGUGGUAAUCUUUCGAUCGUCGCUUUUUGGCGUCAAGUUAGCGCCAACACAAUGGAAAUGUAUGCCACUGGCGUUAUGGAUCCAGCAGAUAGCGGGUUGAUCCGCAAGCUCGUGGUGGCCAAUAUGGCCAAUGUGCUUCUUUCAAGCUUAAAAUAUACUUAUUGUGGACAGAUGCGCAAACUAUCAUUCAUGCUUGAAAAGGCAUACGUAGACUCCAAGGUGACUGGCACGCCCAACAAGAAAAAUGUUUGUGUCACGUGCUUUUCACCUCUUACGAAUCGCAAGCUUGGAGAUUUUACAAAGAGUAAUAGUACGUGUAAGCUCUGCUUUGGCUUCGUUUGCCACGCUUGUAAGAUUACCCGAAAGUUGAGUUUCGUUGAUCCGGAUCUACUGCUGUCUCAGCGAAAAGUGACCUUUUGCUCAACGUGUAUCAGUUCUGCAAUGGAUAUGAGCUCUGUAGACUGUGCUCGAGCAAUGAUGCUCAAGAGCAAUAGGAUGAAUCAAGUUAGUAUCGACCACACACUCUCUUCGGACGGCAAUAGUGGAGAGUACUCCUAUACAAGUGUUCAGUAG